AUGAAGCUCCCACCAGCCAAGAGAAGAAGAAAGGUCGAUGUGUCAAUCAAAGCUUCAAAGAAAAUUCCAACGAUAACGGCACGAAGAAAGGCUUCCACGAAUAAAGUAGACAAAAGGAAGGGGAAAGCCAUAGAGAGAACACAAAGAGUUGAAGGAUUAGCUAAAGGAAAAGAGUGCGAGCGGGUUAAUACAUCAGAGCCUCCUGAAUUAUCCCCUUCUUCUUCGCAUCCGUCACCUUCAACUGAACCACGUCAAGAUGAUCAAGACGAUGGUAAUUCUCCAAUUAUACGUGUGGAUGCAUCUGUACCAAUCUAUAAAUACGCGCAGCCUCAAACUUAUUAUAUGGACCCCUUUGCGAGUGAUCACCUCAAGCUUGCGGAUCCACAUCUGGAUUAUUUGUAUGCGGAUCUCCGAGAAAAAAGAGAGGAGGAACGACGAAAAUUUGAGGAGCUUAAAAAGAAAUGCCACGAGGAAUCUAUGGCGAUUUUAAGAAAACAAGAACUUGAAAGACAAGAAGAGGAGCGCAAGAGAGCCGAGGCAACGCGUGAGGAAGAGAAGAAGAAGGAAUUAAUCGUCCAAAAGGCUGCAAGAAAGGUUAAAUAUUGGGCGGAUAUGAAGCAAACGUUAAAUAAAUUCCGAUAUAACGUUCAGGAAAGGCAACAAGCGGAAGUGAUGCUCACAUACUUCUUCCGUAAUAUGCCGUCAAUCGAUGGUUGCCACGACUUUACACGCGAUAUGUUUGGUAAUAACCAAAGUGAAACUCCACACCUCGAAUUCCCUGACGCUAAAUCCGGUAAAGUUGAAAGUCCUGACCCGGCUCUCGGCUUAUUUGACAAUCCACCUGAGCCAGUCCCAUUAAAUAAUCCAAUGAUUAACGCAAGAAUGUCAUGCCGCGAAUGGUGGUGGUACAAGGGCUAUCAUCGCCGUUAA